GGAGGUUAAGGCUUUUUGAACUUAUUGAAGAAAAGGAAAAUGAAGAUAACUAUUCAAAGCUUUGCAGGGUAAAUGAUUUCGAAGCAAUGAUUAAUGAAAGAGAACUUAAAAGGUUAGAUAUUGCAAAAGCAU